AUCUUAUUCUUACUUUUAUCUCUCAAAAAUCUCACACGUCACCAACUACCAACUGUCACAAAUCUUGAUUUUCCUCACCCUUUUUUCUCUCCAAUUUUCUUCAUCUUUUUCCCCCUCUUAAACCAAACAUGCACUCUUCUAUCAAUCUCAAACAUUCAUCUCUUCCAUUUCCAUUGACAAUUUCAUCUAUACCCACUAAGUCAAAUCCUCAAUUUCCUCCCAAAAACCCAAUCUUUUUUACUUCUCUAAAAAAUCCAUCUACUUUCUUGACAAUUUCAUCAACACCCACCAAGCCAAAUCCUCAUAUCUCUCAUAAAAAACCAAUCUUUUUCACUUCUAUGCAGUAUUCUGCAAAUAGGUAUUACUCUAAUUCAAGUUCAAGAACUAAAAAACCAAACCUUUCCUCAGUUUCUUGCUUAAUCAUGGAAGAACCACCAUUUGAUGAAAGGUUAAGUGUUGCUGACAAAGUUCAAAGUUUAUCUUUGGAAUUUAGGUCCUUAUCAGAACCAAUUGAUAGAGUUAAAAGAUUAUUACACUAUGCAAGUAUACUCCCUCCAUUAAAUGAGUCAUCAAGGUUACGAGAAAACCGAGUUUUCGGGUGUACAACACAGGUUUGGUUAGAAGUUAGGAUGGAUAAUAAGGGGUAUAUGAGGUUUAGAGUAGAUAGUGAUUCAGAAAUUACUAAAGGGUUUUGUUCUUGUUUGAUAUGGGUGCUUGAUGGUGCAAAACCAGAAGAAAUUCUAAGUGUUACAGCUGAGGAUUUGGCAGAUAUGAACGUGGGGUUACCUAAAAAAGGACGUUCAAGAGUUAAUACUUGGCAUAAUGUGUUGUUUAGCAUGCAAAAUAGGACUCAAGAUUGUGUUCAGGAGAGGAAUAGAGCUUUGCCUUUGGAAGAUCCAAAGGGAUCUGAGGUUAGUGUUAGGGUUGGCAAAACUAGCCCAAACCCAUUUGAUCAUUUAAUGGGUUUGCCAGAAAUGAUUUGUAGAUGGUGA